AUGUCCGAAUUCGAAGAUGAUAUCGACGACCAGCUCCUUGAGCUCGCAGGCGCAGGGGAUCGCACGGAAAGGAGGAGAAAGUCGAAAUCGGGUUCCAGGAAGCGAAAGAGCAGUAUGGACAGUGAUUCGGAGCCAGAAGUUGAAAGCGAGGAAGACGCUGAGGAGGAGGACGAGGCUUCCGACCCUUAUCCUUAUGAGGGACAAUACGUCGACGAGGAAGAUAAGCAAAGGUUAUUGGCUAUGCCUGAAAUUAAGCGCGAGGAAAUCCUUGCCGAGCGUAUUGAGGAGAAGCAGCGUUUGCAGGAAAAGCAGGUGCUGGCCCAGAUGGUCAGGCAGCAGCGCGGUGGAGGCGGCGUGGUGAUAGACGAUGAUAGCGUUUCACGAGCGGCAAAACGCCAACACAUGCAACGCGGCGCUACGAAAGAAAAGACACGGAAAUUGGACGAGUUGAAGGCCAAACGAAGGGCGAAGGACGAAUCUCGGAAAAGAGCAAAGCUCUCACCGAAUGCCAAUCGCCGGUCUACGUCACCUCAGGAUAUGGAUAUCUCCGACGAAGAAUCUGAAGAUGGUCAGUUCACGAGAAGUGAUCAUGAGGAGGAAAGGGAACGUCGUUUAUUGGGAAUCUCCACGUCCAGAUCGAAAGAGGAGGAGGAAGAAGACACCACACCUGCUUCCCUUCAAGAUUUUAAUGACUGUCGCCUUAGCCGAGAUAUGGUCGCCAAGUGGUGUUUAUGCCCGUGGUUCGACGAGUAUGUCAAGAACUCCUGGGUGCGCUAUCUCAUCGGAAAUGAAGGUUCCGAGCCUGUCUACCGAAUGUGCGAGAUCCAAGGCAUUGCACCCAAGCCGGUGAAGCCAUAUAAAGUCAACGACCGUUUGAUCAACCAAGCCGUUGAGCUCAAGCAUGGUCAAUCCGUCCGAGAGUUCAGCAUGGACCGCAUAUCGAACUCGGACUUUACACAGAGAGAGUUCGACCGACUAGUCCGAGUUUGCAAGGCGGAAGGCGUCACAUUACCCACACGGAAGGAAUUGCAAGACAAGACAGCUCAGAUGAAGAAGCUCCAGGACACUCCCUUGACAGACCAAGAUAUCACUUUCAUGCUCAAGCGAAAGAAGGAGCUCCAAUCGUCCAAGAGCUCGUCCGAACUCAUGCUCGAGAGAUCUCGGCUUAGUCAAGCUAGGUCAUUAGCCCUGAAGCGGUUGGAUCACAAAGAAGCGGCAGAGCUAGAAGACAAGAUCGCAGCGCUCGAAGCACAGAUAAAUGGUCCCUCGGGAGGCACAGCCAGCAAUUCGCCCCGAAAGGCUGCUGACGAUCGAGACGAGGUACUGCGCCGGGUGAAUGAGCGGAAUCGUCGGGCGAACGUUGAGUCCGUCAGGAGAGCAGAGCUUGCGGAAAGCGAGCGGAGGAGGAAGGAGAGGGAAAUGGCUGCAAAAGCAGCACUAACCGGAGGAGCAGGUGCUGCCGCUGCUGUUGCGACGAAGCAUGAUCCUAGUGCAAGAUUGAGGACCAUGCCAAGAUUGUUCAAUGCUGCUACGCCUUCCUCGAGGCCGAACACACCAGCAGCGAACUCCAACUCCGGCACCCCUGUUCCUAAACCUCCUCCCCCUCCUGGUGGCAAAACUGAUGACGCUUCGAUGAGGCCUAUGACUGCCAACACCACCAUGGCGUUCGAGAAGAAGCUUCUUGAGAGUAUCGAUAUUGACUUGGGCGACUUCUGA